GAUGAGCAUGCAAAGUACGAUGUCUAUUCUCUCAGUCAUCGCUAUGAUUUUGCUCACGUGAUCUAUACGCGCUUCCUGGUCAGCCCUCAAGAGUCUGGGUCACUGACCAUCCUGUCAGCCUUGCUCACUUGUCUGGUCAGCCCAUCCCGUCAGCCAUGCAUUACGGCCAAUACAUAAGAGCUGCGCUUCUGCUUUCGACCAGUUUCACUAUCCAUCGACCAUGCACGCCCACACCAUGCAUAUCCGUACCGCAUCUACCUCGAGCUCUCUCUUGGCCCCACCGAACGCUCCUUGUAUCAAAGAAGACAUCCUAUCAGCCGGAGAAAGCGCGAAUGCCAGGGUCGACAGCUACCCCUCAUCCGCGAUCCAUACCUUCGUUUCCUAAACCUCAUUACAGGCGCGUUCCCCAAGCACCCAGACCUGACAUUCACGUCUUCCUCCCUCCUCCGCCAUACACCGAGUCUACAUCCUUCCUCGCUGUUCCAAACAAUACACCUGCUACCACCCCACCCCUCCCUCCACUCAGCAGUAGCAGCAGCUCCGACGACUCAGUUGCGCUCAGUACUCCCAACGGCGUGGGUUUGCACGCGCAAAGUCGGUCAGGACUAGUAGGCCUGGGUUUCGAAGGCCUAGAGAAAGGCCGAGGCGGGGUAUUCGACGGGCUCGGAAGGCUCAGCGACGGAUUCAGAUUAUCCGAUUCCUCAUCUAGCCAAGACUCUUCACACCGAUCCAGCGAUCCCCCGCGUACACAAAUUCAGUCCAAAGCGGCUUCAACACGACCCAAGAAGAGACACGACGUGUUCUUCCCGUGCCCACACCACUCUAGGUCGUUGUCGCCUGUAUCGUUCCUAGCACAGGCGCUUCCCAACACUGCGAUGUUGCAGUUCCGUAUUCGCCGUCGUGUCGAGGCUGGAUCACCUACGCCUGCUCCUGAUAUGAAGUUUGAUCCUAGUAGGAGCACGGUGUCGACUGAGCUGAAGCGAGCUGCGGGAAUGGAACGUCGGGUAUCAUUGAGUCGGUAUGGCAGUGGACGAGUUGCAUGGCGGGUGUAGGAUAGAGAUGAUAACACCUAAGGACAAAUAAGCAAGUUGCAGUGUCACAGCCGGAUUCAUUUGAGCAGGCAUAGUCUUUCAGGCAAAGCCGGUCUUCAAAAAACGACAAACGACGUCCAACGAGCACAUACAACGUGCCGUGACUCAUGAACCACCACGGCAGCCUGACAGACGGCGUUGCUGCAGAUGGCGAAUGUGCACAAAGGGCAAGCACCCGUAUUGUCUUGGU